AUGGACGCGUUCAUCAAAACGCAACUUCGUCCCGUAGACGAGUGUAUUGUCUGUACUGAACCGUUCAGCGAUACUCAUAAGCCUGUUGCCCUGGACUGCAAGCAUAUUUUCGGUCACAUAUGCAUCUCAAAAUGGAUCUUGGACGGAAGAGGCAACAAUGCAAGUUGUCCAGUCUGCAGGCACAUUCUUGUUGCAAGGAAAAGCCCGCAGCCAGCUUUCGAUGCACCUUCGAUAUGGAAGCAGCUUUGCGAACUACCUUUGGAACGUCUGCAUGCUUUCGUAGAGGAGCUAUGGGUCGGCAUACGUGAUCUUUGGAAACGCAAACCCAACGGCAAUUUCACCAUCAGCGAACUUCUGGAAAAAGCCAUAUUUCCGGCUCUCAUCGAAACUGGAGCACAAGCUUGGAGUGGAACGCACGAUGCUCUCACCGAUGCCUACAAUCUCGUUGCAGCAUCGUGGGACUCCCUGGGUCGACCAAACAGAUCGAUGGGUCUUGCGAUCCCACUCGUUCGUCUUGCGCGUUUGGUGUCCAGCGCAGCAACCACACUGCCGCUUUACCUCACAGACUUGUCGCGAACAACUAUGCUGAUCUGGAAGGCAAACGCGUGUCUUGGUCUCUGGGAAGAAAACAUCAGCUGGGACUUGAUAAUGGAUGCUUCGAGGCUGGAGUCAGAGCGACAUUUGCCUUUGUUGCAUCUAUACACAGUGCUCAUAUCGCAGAGCAUCGCACAUAAGUCUGGUCCACAACAGCCACUACCUAAACGUCGACAUGAUAUCAUGAACCUUGUUGUCGAAAAAUGCUGUACCAAAAUUGGGCAAGCAAAUUUCACCAGCAAGCCAUCUAACGAAUUCAAGAACACUCUGGUCAUUGUUUUCCAGGAGCUUUGGAGAUAUCAGCACGAACAAGCGCGACUGAGCUUAAGAGGCCAUGCAGGGGAAGAGCCCAUUGUGAAAGGGAUAUGGGGCAUUGCCAAUUGGCCUGUAAGGAGGGACAGCAUCUGA